UUGUAGACGGUACCUCUGUCACUCUCAGAUUCCCGUGUCACAGUCAUGAGGACAUCUGUGUUGCACUGGUAUGUGCUGGAGUACUGAGUGUACUGAGUGUUGCUUGGGAUCUUUUUGAGAGAUAAAAGAGGUGAUCUGAACAGGUGCAGGAUUAGGAGUGAAUCACAAGAGAACAAAAUGUCACAACAACUCAGUCAAGAAGAGCUGCGAGUGGUGAUGCUGGGUUCAAAUGAGUCUGGAAAGACAUCUGUGAUCAACACCUUACUUGGUCAUACAGGGUCUGAUUUGGGGAAAAGAACAGUUAACUGUGUGAGGAGAGAGGGGGUGGUCAGGGGCAGAAAGCUCAUCCUAGUGGACACCCCAGGCUGGUGGAGGAACUUCUCACUGAUUGACACUGCAGAGUUUAAGAAGCGAAAGCUUGUGCUGAGUGUCUGUCAAUGUCCACCAGGACCUCACGUUUUCAUCUUAACGGUUAAGAUUGACAACCCCUUCACUGAGAACAACAGAAGAGCCAUCGAGGAGCACCUGGGUCUCUUUGGGGAGAGCAUCUGGAGACACACAAUAGUGGUCUUCACCAUCAUAAGGGAUGUGCUGGGAGCUGAGAGCAUGGAGGCGCUGGUAGAUGAAAGCCUUGAGCAGCACAUCGAGAGUGGGGGCGAGACUUUGAGAUGGUUAGUGAGGAAAUGUGGCAACCGAUAUUGUGUCCUUGAGCGCGACUCUCAGCAGAUAGGCCAACUGCUGGAAAAGGUAGAGGGCAUAGUAGCAAAGAAUCACGGGGGUUGUUUUCAACUCGACGAGAAGGUGCUAAAGGAAAUUGAGGAGAAGAAGAAAGCGAACGAGGAGAAAGCCAUGUCCCGGCGCCUUAGAGCGGCAAAGCAAAGGGAAGAAAGCAAACCUGAGAUCCAAAUUCUUCUACUGGGCUGGGUGUGCUCUAGAAAGACCAUGGCCAGAAACAUCAUCCUGAACUUGAAGGAGAACAUAGGCUGGAGAAGAACCAUCCAGGCCAACAGGAAAUCGGGAAUAGUGGCAGGGCGUCUAGUCAGCGUGGUGGACACACCUGGAUGGUGGAAGUACUUCUCCGGCCAGUUCACCCAAGAGUGGAUGAAGACGGAGCUGCGCCGGAGCGUGACGCUCGACGGUAAGAACCCCCACGUCAUUCUUCUGGCGGUCCCAGCAGAUACAACCUUCCUUGAGGAACAGAGGAAGAUCACGGAAGACAACAUGAAGAUAUUUGGCGAGCACGUGUGGAGACACACCAUGGUGCUGUUCACGUGUGGAGACCUUCUGGGAGACACAAGCAUCGAGGAGCACAUUGAGAGUGAAGGAGCACCACUGCAGUGGCUCGCAGAGAAGUGCGGGAACAGAUAUCACGUCUUGGGAAAGGACCAAAGCGGAGAAAGCUCUCAAGUCACAGAGCUGAUGGAGAAGAUUGAGGAAAUGGUGGCUACGAACAGCAUGUUCAGUCUCCCUGAAGAAGCCCAAGCACCCGAGGUCGAGGAGGCGGCCGAAGAAGCAGAUGAAACAAAUGCAGAGGUGGUGAGAUUCUUGGACCAGGAAUGGAACAGGAUGGACAAACAAAUGGAGGAGACCGUCAAAAGCAUGUGCAGCCAAACACUUGUCCUGGAGGGAAAUCGAACCAUGGAUGAUUUUCCUGACUACAACGAGCCAUUCCCUGAUACCAGUGGGAAUGAGAGGUUGUCCACAAAGUGCAUCAGCCCACUGACCAUAAAUCACCCCACCUCAGACGGCGAGGGCUCGGCCGACCUGUCUGACCCGGCCGAGGGGGAGGCGCUGGAGAGGGUGAGGGAGAUGCUGCAGCGCGAGUGGGGACGACAGGAAGUGGUGGUCAGGGAGCGGCUUCACGAAAUCCUGUCAGAGCAGCACACGCCAGCAGUCCUGUCAUCUGAAUCUGACGAGAGCGAUCAAUCAUGAGAGUGAACUAGCCAGAAGAAAGCAUCUUCAGAUGGUGUGAUGGCACCGCUGGACAUGGCACUGAUGAAGAUCUAGACCAUGAGGGAAAUGAAUAGCACAUAGACACAUGAGAUGAUUAUAUGUGAUGUGUAUUAUACAAUUGUAUACUUUGUAAGGAGCGUUGUGCGUUGUGCGUUGUGUUGUGUGUGUGUGUGUGUGUGUGUGUGUGUGUGUGUGUGUGUGUGUGUGUGUGUGUGUGUGUGUGUGUGUGUGUUUGUGUAAUAUUUCAUCCACAAUGCAGUGUGUGUGUGUGUGUGUGUGUGUGUGUGUGUGUGUGUGUGUGUGUGUGUGUAUGGCCUGUCAUCUGCCAACCCACACUCACACGAUCACAUUCUAGUUUGUAUUGAGCACUUACCGUAAGUCGCCCACAAUGCGUUGUGUUGCUUAAUGUUCAUUUGAUGUCAAAUGUACUAGUGGUUUUAGCCUGUGUAAAUGUCAAUGUGAAUUUCAUUCAUCAUUUAAUUUCAUCAUUUCCGGGUCUGUGUACCAUGUGUAAAUACCACUGUUUAAACAAUAUGGCAUGAGGCUGGGAAAGGACAUACUGUAGGCCCUACCCACAGCUGUGGUUUGGCCAGAUUGCCUCUCAUCCAAUAAAUAGCUUAGACCAGCUGUUGUUUGUAAGGAAAUCUAGUUUUUGCCAGUGUAAAAUACCCUAUGCUUUGCGUUCUAAGGUGCCAAUGAGAAACCAUCUAAUUGCCCUCUUGCUAAAAUAUUUUUUUCUCAGUAUUGAUUUAUACUUGCCUUUUAGACUUCAUCAGAGAGCUUUUUUGUAGGCCAUGUGGGUCAUUUAACUUUACAAUAUUGAUUUUACCUUCAAAAGAAUUGUUAUAAUAUAUUCAUCCAAUCUAAUGUGCGUAAUAUGAUUCUUUUAAUCUGAGUAUGUAUUUACAGUGGUAUAACUCAGCAACCACUGAAAAAGAGAAACUCUAAAGUCUUUGAUUCAACAACACCUAGCAAACAUGUGCAUACAGUAUGUGUAACGUUCUGUAAGACAUAUUGAGGUAAAACACAGCAAAUGGGAAAUUUGAAUAUUUAAAUUACACAUAAACUUCAACUUUAUAAUCAUUCAGCUGAAAUCACUUUUCAUGUGGGUCACUGGAAUUCAUCAUCAUUCUUUCUUAGCUCUUGGAAGAUAUCCACAUGGCGACUGGUUAAUGUGAAAUAAGACCACUAGAUGGCAGCAAACACCUAUAAACAGGUCUGAGAUUGCA